GCAUACGUUUUUGCACAUAUGUACAUACAUACAUUCAUACAUAUUUACAACCACGCUGAAGAGCCCCUAACAUCUCAAUCAAAUCUAUGUAACAUACGUAAUUCUUAUCUAAGUAUUAUAUAUACAUUUGAAUAUACAUACAUAUGUAUGUAAAUACGGUAAAAGAAUUCAUUCACUAAAAAUGUUGAUGGCCAGCAACAACAAAUUUUAGCCUAAAAACACUACCGAGUAAAAAUAUAAAACUAAAAAUACCAGAAAAACAGCACUACAAGCAGAUGCGCUUCAGACCGCCGCCGCUCCUAUGUAUUAUUUUUGUUCUACCCUGACUCCUCCUGCGGAUUUAGAAGGCUUUCUAGUCUAUUUCAGGUUUUCUUCAUUAUAAGUUUGUUUACACUGCGGCAGUAGGAGCCAAGGAAUGUAAAUUUGCAAUGCAAAGUUCACUUAAUACAUUUACAUAUACAUAUUAUGUACAUAUACACAUACUUAGUGCAAUAAUUGAGUCGCUUUAGCUCUCUUUAUUUUGCCACAUGAAAUGGGCGCUAAACACAAUACUUGCGUACCAACAAAGACGAUGUUGUGCGCAUAUACAGACAAAUGAAUUGACGAUAGGCGCAAGGACCAUCAAUAAUUUUUACGCGGAUUACAGUACGAAACAAGCCACAGCAGCGACGGGAAAUCUUGACUGCUUAUUAAAAAUCAAUUGCAGAGCGUUAAAAGUGCGGGUUUUUGCGAAAUAAAAGUAUGUUUAUAAAGUAGAGUAAAUGAUUGUAAUAAGCAAAAAUGCUGCAACUAUAUUUAUUUCAUUGGCUUUGUAGCUUUUCACAAUACGGGGUUCAUUACGAAGGAUUAAAGCGGACAUAAUACAUAUUUUCCCCAUUUUAAGUUAGUUCCAUGCUCUGCUACGGCUUCCAUACUGAAAGCAUACUCAUAAAGCAUUGGGGAUUUUAAAUGUUUCAUCAUGCUGCAGUAAAAUCCAUCAUUUGUGCAAAGCCUGUGAGUCAAAGCAUCACUGCAACAAAAACGGCUACAAUCCAACGGAAGGAAGUCUCUAUUUGUAUUGCAAGACCAUGGCGGCAGAAAACUAUCACUUAAAAUGGGACUCCCAUUUGUCAUACUUGAAUUCGUCAGUGGCCACGCUUUACAAGAAUGAAAAGUUUGCCGAUGUAGUGUUAUAUAGCUCCAGCAGCAAUUGUGUCAGUGGAAAUAGUUCGGAGAAUGGCAUACCUACCGUGGGAAUUUCAGCGCACAAAUUUAUACUUAGCUCCUGCAGUCAGUUUUUUGCAACGAUGUUUGAAACUGCACCGAUUUCUUCGCCAAACGGUGUACUCUACAUAGUGCUUCCGCCGGAUCUUAGCCACCGCGCCAUACAAAUUCUUGUGCAGUACAUGUACAGUGGCGAGGCGACUGUCGCCAACGAUAUACUAAGUGAAGUCUUACGAGGCGGUGAAAUACUGAAAAUCCGUGGUUUAUGCCGCACCUCUUCUACUUCCGUUAAUUCGCACAAUCCGCCACCGAGAACAGAGUCACUAAUAACUAACGUCGGUGGUCCACAUUACAUUCAAAGUGCAACCAACCGCCAACCACUUUCAUCCAUUUCACAUACGCAUAUUCCCAAUGUUCAUACCGGUGAUAUGUACGUCGUCAACAAAUGUCCUACAGGUGGAAAUGGGAGUUGUGGUACUCGCUACACCAUGGAUCAUUUGCAGCAGCUGUCAACACAGUCAACGUCUACACAGCACACUCAGGCGUCGCACGCACAGCAAAUGCAGGCAACACAUUCCCAGUUCCGUGGUUUGGGCGCGUCCGUAUUGCCCAAAGAUAGUCCCGUUAUUGUCAAGUCACCAAAACUAUCACAGCUUGGGCUUCUUUCAGCUGCAGCGUCAAAUAGUAAACAUCAUACGGGCGGGGGUAUAUCAGUAAACAAAGAGGUUGCAAUAGAUCCUGAUGAAAAAUGUUGCUAUCAGUUAAAUCAGUUGCAAGUGGCAACUACUUUGUGCAACGAAUUGGGCUGCUCUGGGGACUGUCCCAUAUCGAUGGAGGAUGACCAGCUGAGACGACGACAACGAAGUCAAAAUGAGGAGGGUAUUCAUGCAAGCGUUGUUGAGCAGCGGUUAGAAAGGGAGUACACUGAUCGACCUCGUCCACCGCCCGAUGAACAAGACCAGCGGGAUGAUAUUGAAAUGGCCAGUUAUGAUAGGCAUAUACGCCGAAGCAGUGGUGAUCGAAUUCGAGACUACUUCUUACCCGAGUCCUACGAGCAUACGAACACAACGCCAACUAAGAGCAACCAUCACUUCUCAGAACAAGUCAGCGCUAGAUUAACUAACACUUCGCCAAUGUCACAUCCACAAAACUUUCUCGCGAUCAAGCAAGAGCCGGCUGAUUGGACCACAACCACUUCCGAUAAUGCAUUAUCAGAAUUAUCUAGGCCACCCAAGGACCCUUUAAAUUCCCCUAAACAACCGCUGGACUUCAAAAUGCCGACAGGUGGUACCGCAGUAAAACUCGAAGUAGGCGCCCAUCCGCACAGCCCACGAAACGAGCAGGAUACAGCCGGACCGGACUCCAAUGAAUACGAUACGCGGCUAGCAUGCGAAAUAUGUAAGCAAUCCUUUGAUGAGCCUAAAUCUUGGGUGAGGCAUUUGGAGUCACACAGCGUCCACACAUCAUCGACCGAUUCAGUGACCAUAAACAUGGCGUGCGGCACAACGAAUAGCAGCGGCGGAAACACCGCCGCCACUAUAACCAACGGGGGCGACAAUUUAGUCAAGGCGUACCUGCCCAAGAAACGUCGAAGAGUGUCGCAGCAGGAGAAUAACGCAGCUCAUGUGACACUAUGUUGUGACUUAUGCUCCAUAUCUUUUGAGACCCCGGCUGAGUGGGUGCGACAUCUAAACAACGAACACACCGAAAUUGAGCUGGCCAUGUUCAAUAGCAAAAAGGACAACGAGCAGAAAAGCUCCUGCAACAGCAACCAACAGCUUAUGCAGCAGGGGCAUCAUAAACGAUUCACCACCCAUCGCUCAACGUAUGACCAACCCGCCAACGAAACGCAACCAGCCACAGUCUCCGCCGUAGCACCAUCAACUGCAAGCUUCUCGGAGCGCUCCGAAGCUUGCGGCAAAAAGUUUUCCACGCACAGCAGUGGCUUGGUGCACAAACGCAGCCAAAACACACUCAAUGGCCUCAGCGUUAGUGUUAGCACAAGCGUCGAACCAACGUCACUCCCAUCAAAUGCUGCUGAUGUUAGUGUAAUCAGUAGUGUGGCUACUAGCAGCUUACCUAACGAACAAAUAAGUACAUCGUCCCAGGCCUGAUACAGUCGCUGAUAUAGAAAUGAAGCACAAAACGCUUGAAAGGGCCACCGUAUUGCAAUCGCAAGUGGAGUGAGAAUCGUUACCUAUGUCGUUCCAAAUAUAAACUAAUGAUGAUGAAAUCAUACUAACAAUACUAUUUUAAUCAAAAUUUUUACAAU